AUGGACGAGACGUUAUUUUCUGCGUUCUUCGAUCUUUUAGACAUCUUUUGGGGAACGUUCCUUUCAGUUGGAAUUCCUUCGGUGUCUAAUUUUUGGGUCGUAAUCGCUUCCGUUCCUCUCGCCGCACUGGUGAUUUAUUAUGGGCUAUACUGUUUGAAAAUUUCCAGAGAAGUGUCACGACUUGAAGCCAUCAAUCGAAGUCCCGUGUACUCGCACUUUUCCCUUACCCUCGAGGGUAUUGUAAACAUAAGAACUUAUCAACAGCAGGAACACUUUGUUCAGGAAUUUUUCAGACAUCAAGACAACUUGAGUAAGACGUGGUUCACCUCAAUCGCCGUGGUCCGCUGGCUCCAUUUCCGGAUGGAUUGCAUCACAUCUUUGUUUCUAACGGUGGUGACUGCAAUAGCCGUGAUGACUUCACAACACGCAGGUGAGAACGAUUAUUGGUUUAGACCCCGGUACCUGCAUGCAGCUGAAAUGGACAAACGACAUGGGAGGCACGAGAAAUGUGAUUGGUCGUCGGAAAUCUUAAUUAAUGGAAACAUAACAUUACGCGCGGAAAUUAAAGGUGUCAAGAUAAAUGGGGAGCCAAAACAGAGAAUGAAGACUGACACCCAAGGAAGUGUCACCAUGUCUUCUACACUGCUUUUUUUUUCUGCUGUUAUUGUUUUUGUUGUUUUUGUUUUGUAGAAACGCAAUGCACCAUAAUGAGUGCGCGUAGGAAUAACGUUCAAGCACUAGCUUCCAUUUCCACGUUUCAUAGAGAGAGAUCUAGUGGGCACUGAUGAAGUGACACAUUC